UCGAGGCUCCAACUCGACGACUUGGAAGGCAGCAGCCAUGGGAGGAGUCGCAGGCGAUGUGAGCUCCAGGAGCAGGGUGGUUGUGGUCGGUGGAGGAGUCGCCGGGGCGUUCCUCGCGAAGCCUUUGCAGUUUGUCGCCGACGUUGUCGUCAUCGACUCGAAGGAAUAUUUUGAGAUGCCCUGGACAGAAUUAAGAUCAAUGGUGGAGCCUUCAUUUUCUGGCAGAACACUGAUUAAACACACUGAUUACCUUAGUAAUGCAAGAAUUAUAACAUCUUCAGCAGUCGGUAUCACUGAAGACCAGGUGUUGACAGCAGAUGGAGAUUCAAUUACUUUUGAUUAUCUUGUAAUUGCCACUGGUCAUGCAUACUCAACUCCUAAAAGCAGAGAUCGCAGGCUUGAGCAGUUUGAACAAGACAGCCAGAAGAUAAAAUAUUCCCAGUCUAUUUUAAUUGUUGGAGGGGGUCCAACUGGUGUUGAACUUGCUGGAGAGAUUGCAGUUGACUAUCCAGAGAAGAAGGUGACCAUAGUCCACAAAGGGUCAAGGCUGCUGGAAUUCCUAGGGCCCAAAGCUUCUAAAAAGGCAUUGCAUUGGCUGACAUCGAAGAAAGUAGAUGUGCUCUUAGGGCAGUCAGUUGACUUGAACUCCAUUUCAGAAGCUGAUGGAGCAUACAUGACUUCAGCCGGAGAAAAGAUUGCAGCUGAUUGCCAUUUUGUCUGUAUUGGCAAGCCACUGGGAUCAUCAUGGCUUCAGAAUUCUGUUCUCAAGGAUUGCUUGAACGAGAAAGGCAGGUUGAUGGUUGAUGAGUGCUUCAGGGUCAGAGGUCGAAGCAACAUCUUUGCCAUUGGAGACAUCACCGAUGUUCCUGAGAUCAAAGAAGGAUACAUUGCUCAAAAACAUUCUGCGGUGGUGUCGAAGAACUUGCAGCUGCUGAUGAAGGGAGGGAAGGAGAGCAAACUGGUGAAGUAUAAGGCCGCUUCUGCCACGACCAUUGUGUCUCUGGGUCGAAAAGAAGGCGUGGGGCAGUUCCCGUUCGGCACGGUGAUCGGGUGCCUGCCGGGGCGGAUCAAGUCCAAGGACCUGUUUGUGGAAAAGACUAGGAAGAAUCUGGGUCUCGACUCCUGAUGGCCUAAUCUGAGAGAUGAUGAUGUGUUUGUGUUGCCUCCUUGUUGUGUUCUGCAUGUUUGUUGGGGUUUCUGCCGGUGUCAGAACUAUUUAUAUAUAUAGAUCAUGUUGAUGAGCUCAUAAGAGCUGUUUAAUA